UCGCGCAGGGACACACCCAGGGGGAGGAGCCACCUCUCCUGGCCAGCGCAGGCACACAGCCAGCAUUGGCUUCCUCUAGUCUGCAGCCGCGAGCUCACCCUCCCUGGACGGACAUGGCCCAGGAACGCCCCUCUUGUGCUGUGGAGCCCGACCACGUCCAGCGGCUGCUGCUGUCCUCUCGUGAGGCCAAGAAGUCAGCUUACUGCCCCUACAGCCGCUUCCCUGUCGGGGCUGCCCUGCUCACCGGGGACGGGAGGAUCUUCUCUGGGUGCAACAUAGAAAACGCCUGCUACCCACUGGGUGUGUGUGCCGAGCGGACUGCCAUCCAGAAGGCCAUCUCUGAAGGGUACAAAGAGUUUAGGGCCAUCGCUAUUUCCAGUGAUUUGCAAGAAGAGUUCAUCUCUCCCUGCGGAGCCUGCCGACAAGUCAUGAGAGAGUUUGGCACCGACUGGGCAGUGUACAUGACCAAGCCAGAUGGCACAUAUGUAGUCAGGACGGUCCAGGAGCUGCUGCCGGCCUCCUUUGGGCCUGAAGACCUGCAGAAGGUUCAUUGAAGCCUGGAGAAUAGAGAACCUGCUGCCAGUGCGGGCCUGGAUUCCUUACCUAAGGGACAACCCCUGGAAGACUUCAUAAUGAUGCUGUCGCUGCCUAGACCUUGGGAACACCUACCAGCCACAUGGGCCUCACAUGGCUGGGUGAGGGCGACCCUAAUUCACUACCGCAGUCUCCCCUAGAACGACGGAAGCUGCCACUCGGCCUGAGCCGAAGCCCACAUCCUCCAGGGGACUCGGAACACUCCACUCCUUCCUCUCUCUCUCUCUCUCUCUCUCUCUCUCUCUCUCUUUCUCUCUGCCCCAGCAUUCCAAGCCUGGUCUUCCUCCUCGCCAGCCUUCCAAGGCCCUGUUCUGUUCCCUGUGACUUUUCUGAUUAUAAACACCACAGAAGGUCCUGA